AUAAGACUAAACUAUAUUAGAAUUUCAUAUUUGUUCUAAUAAUAUACAUUAUGACGACUCAAACUUUUAAAAAAUCAUGCAUUAUUUUCAUGAUUGUAGCUAUAUAUACAAUGAUGUUUUCGGCACAAAAUUGUCUUUCAACCAAUGUUAAAAAAUGUGUCAAACACUGCAUCCCAAAUCAGUGCAUGAAAGUAGCCAAAAAAACAGAUAUGUCUAUUUGUGAAGAAGCUUGCAAAAAGUUUUGCAACAAACAUGUAACAAGUCAUGAAGAAUAUGCUGUUCCUAUAACCGAUGGUGGUUUCUUUUGCACCCAUAUUUGGAAUUGUGUUUCGUAACUAUUUUCAAAUUAAAAGUUACAAUUGUAUUCUUUGUUUUAACAUGUUAAAUAUAUAUAUAUAUAUAUA